GUAUGUUUUUGCAUAUUUUUCCUUUUAACUUUAAAUUUUUGUUAAUAAUCUCGACUAAUCAUUCUAAAUUGGAAUUGCUAUAAAUGUUUAUUUUGCAUAUUCUUCCGUAUUUGGCUGUAAAUGUAUGGUAUUCAUUGCAUGUUUCAAUGAAAUUACAAUUGUGUUUUUGUGAACCGCUGUAUACACGUCGCCGAGCAGUGGGGGGACGUGAACUAUGACGGGAAACAAUCAGACAAGCGGCACUCGCGACCGCCAUUACAAUGCGUGAAUGGUCGUUCUCUCGCGUGCGCGACUACAAUUCUACAAUAUGCUUUCAUACUUCUUAGUUCUUACACAUCGCCCGCCGCAGCUAAAAUUAAAAAGGGCCCCGUCACAAUUUUUACAAAUUAUUUUUCAAGUUUAUUGUAAUUCCCUGUAAUAACUGCAUUUGAUCGUAUAGAACGUCUUUGGUUAGGCUGAUAAAAAUAUUCAAUGGUAUUAUUGUUCCAAAAAAAUAAUUUCAUUAAAUAAAACUAUAAAAGUUUUGUUGAAUAGUGUUAAAAAUAUGGUUCGUAGAAAAUAUCGUUCUGAUAUCAAUUUUCCUGAAAACUAAUUUCCAGUUUUUUACGGCCCUCCGUAAGACGUUUUGGAUGAUAUCAAAAAUAUUUGCAAGUCCCAUUCUUCUAUUAUCUAUGCCGACUACCAUGGCUUGGUUGUGUCCGUCAUGCGUCAUGAUACCACAGAUUAUAUGAAAAUUUCAUAUAUUCUGUGAUACUAUGUGAUACCUUAAAAAUACAAAUUACAAAUUUACAACGGAACUUAUUUCAUUCUCUGCUCUUUGGACACGUGAUUGAAAUUGAGUUUUAGAUUUAAAAAUUCAAAGUCGAAGGUUGACACUUGACAGCGUAGAACAGAAUAAAUUAAAUAUUAAUACUAUUGCAUGACGUGUUUCUCGAUUAAAAAUGAAUGAGAAUUGUGUUGAUGAUAUUGAGAUAUUAAUGGUUGAUUCAUCAAAGCUUUUAGUAAAGGAAGGCUUCAUUAAUUUAUGCCAACAAUAUGGUUCAAUUAAAAAUAUUACUUUACAUAAAAGAAAUGAUGAAAAUCAAGCAUUUAUUCAGUUUGAAGACAAUGAUGUAGCACUUAAAUUUUUAAAUGAAAAGUUUGAUCUUCCAUCUUUCAUAAAAGCGAGUAUUUCUGGUCGAACAAAAAACAAGAUGGAAUCAUUAACAUUUAAAAAAGGAAAUGAAGAAGAUGUUGAAAAAUAUAAUGCUGACGAAAAUCUAAAAACAAUUAUUAAAGAAAAUAGAACAAAUGAAACAAAAUUUGGGACUUCAAUUUAUAUCGGGCCUAAUGUUUCUGGAAGAAGUUUAAUAGAGGAAUCUAAACAAUCAAAAGUAAAUAACAAAAUUAUACAUUAUAAUCUAGAAAAUGAUGAUCUUUUUGGAAGGCCGUUAAGUACAAAAUGGGAAAAAUUAAAAAAGCCUGAAUUUGAACUUAAUAAUCUUGAUUUUUAUUAUCGUUUUGAAAAUUGUUCUGGUGGUGAAAUUAAAAUUGAAAAAAAGUUAAGUCCAAACAUGUUUACUGGUUUGACUACAUUUUUUAAUGAUGGUGAUAAUAUACAAGAUAAAUUGAAGAUUAUUAGCAAUGAUAUUGAAUGUUCUGAUCUUCUAAAUAUAAAUAAUCUGAAAUAUGGAAUGUUAGUGGGCGCAUUUGAUAGUGCAACUAAUUUAUAUGGUCGUGGAUAUGUAACAUUGGUUGCUGGAAAUAGUGUUAAUAUCGCUAUGAGUGAUUAUGGUCGAGUAAUUAAUACAACUAAAAUUAGAGUACUACCAAAUAAACAUUCGAAGUCACCAGCUUAUUCAUUUAAAGUAUAUACCAAAGGUGACUAUGUUCCACAAUUAAAAAAUACAUCUUAUACAUUCAAAGUGCGCAGUGUAGGUUCUGAAAGAAUUGUUUUGAUUAUGUUUGAUGAAAAUAAAGAAAUUAAAGUGCAAUUGAAAAAAUGGCAGCCUACUGUUGAAGAAUCUGGUGUUUCAUAUAUUGAUUUUAAGAACAAUAGCUCGGUAGAAUUACUAAAGUUAAAAGAUAUGAACUCUGUAUUCAUUAGAUCAAAAGAAAAGCAUCAUUUUGAAUUUCUUUUUUCAUCCUGGAACAAUUUAGCAGCUUAUUGCUAUAAAAAUCGCAGGGGUCACCAACCUUUUCUAACAACUCAGCCUUUAAAUAGAGAACCGCUUUAUGGUGAAAUUGUUGGAUUUAAAUCAACCUUAACCAAUAACUAUGCCAGAGGUAGAAUUCAUAAAUUCUUUGGGGAUAAGAUUUAUUCUGUGAAGCACAUGGAUGAUCCUUUUAAAGAAAAUAUCAACUCAUCUGAAAUGAUAGAAUUACCGUUUGAGUAUAAAAGUAUGCCUGUAAGUUUUUUAAAAGUAGGACUGCAAAAUGCUUUACCAUAUCCUAUCCAGUUUGAUGCUAAAUAUUUAGUUGUGCAUGUUAUUGGUGUUCGCCUAUCUGUGCAUUUUGAUGAAGCAAAAGCAGAAGGAUGGAAAUAUGUAGAUUUAAAUAUUACACUUGUAAAAGAAAACUUGAAUUCUAUAUUGAAUAGUCUAGUCGAACCUUUGUGGCUGAAAGAUAAUGCUACCAUAGAUAGUAUAGAUGAUAUUGCAACAUUUACCAAGUACAUGGAUUUGUCAAGGAUUGAAUUAGUUGAAAAAUCAGUUGUGACCAUGAAGUUUGUUGUGUUUCAUGAUGGAGUAUUUUAUAUGAGAGAUAAAUUUUUUGGAAAGUCUUUCUCACUUUUAUCUGACAUGAUUAAAGAGUAUUGUAGCUUAAGUUUAAAUCCUUAUUUGCCACAUAUUGAUGAAGUAUGCCUUGGCCAAUUUCCAGAUGGUAUGUGGUACAGGGUAAUAUGUGAUCAAAUGAAACCUGGUGAAUUGGUUAAAGUACAUUCUGUAGAUUUGGGAAACAUUGCAUUUUUGAGUUCUAGAAAUAUAAAAAAACUUCCAGAAGAAUUACUAUUUCAUCCAACUCAUGUUGCUCUGUGUAUUUUAAGUAAACACUAUAUUGUUAAUUUUCAAAGCUAUAUAAGUGCAAUUAAUUUAAUUUCAAAAUAUUAUGUUUGUUUUUUAGAUAAUUCUAUUGAGAUAAAUGAAAAAAAAAUAGAAUUAUUGGAAAAAUAUGAAAAUACCGAUUGUGAAAUAACUAUUGUGAAAAGCUUAGGUGGUAAAAAUCAUUAUACAUUCAAUUGUCCAUUCAUCGAAGAGAUUCUUCAAUGA